AUGGGAUGCAAGUCGUCCGUGCAAGUUGUCUCGUUUGACGAGCUGGACGAGGCCCUUAAGGGCAUGAGUGCGAGGAGUGAUUGCCCGGUUCAGAAGUGGGCGGCAAGCCGUGAAGUCAGCAAGACUCCCACCAAAAAGCGGCCCUCAUCACCACAGGUGGCCACGCCACAGCUGGACUCCAUCCUGCCUGACUUGGAGGUGUGUGAAGAGUGCGGAGUGGUGGAGGUCAAGGUCCCGGAGCACCUCCGAGACAUCCUCAAGGAGCGGGUCCAGGCAGAGUUCGUAGAGCCAUCAGCAGUCGAGAGCUCAUGGAACUUCCAGCAGGCAGAGGAUCGGCCUGCGGGUCUCUUGGGUCCACCGGAUCGUGAGAUGCACCUGGAGCAUUUGGAGAAGCUUCACAGAUUCUUCAGAACGAGCUGCAAGGUGCCAGGCUGGCUCCGGAUAGAGGUCGAUGGCAAAAGGAGGCGGGACGGCAUGGAGCCGCUGCAAACGAAGAGAUGCGCCAAUAGCCGUGCUCGGAACAUGCACUGA